UUGCCAACUUUGGAGACCGCGCGUCUGCUGGAGUGCGCCCCGGGUGCGCUUUUUUCUUUUUUUUUUUUUUUUUAACUAUUCUUCUUCUUCUUAUUCCAAUCCCCAUCGAGGUGAUUAAAACCGGACCCAAAGAUGAACGACACGGACAUAUUCUGCAAAAACAACCAAACAGACAACUUAACAGACUCAUCAUGUGUGAGCACCACUCCUCCACCUUACAGCCACAUCGACAUCACUACUUUCAUGCACAUAUUUCCAACUAUUUAUGGCAUUUUGUGUUCGGUUGGAGUUAUAGCCAAUGGACUCGUUAUUUACGCAGUGGUGGCGUGCAAGAAAAAAAUGGUUUCGGACAUCUACGUGCUGAACUUGGCUAUAGCUGACAUGCUGUUUCUGCUGGUGAUGCCCUUCAACAUCCACCAGCUGGUCAGAGACAGACAGUGGGUCUUCGGAAACUUUAUGUGCAAAGCGGUUGUAGUGGUGGAUGUGAGCAACCAGUUCACCACAGUGGGAAUAGUAACUGUGUUGUGCAUUGAUCGGUACAUAGCGAUUGUCCACCCCACCUCGGAGAAGAGGACCAUCCAGUGGACCAUCAUCAUCAACAUCCUGGUGUGGCUGGGCAGCUUCCUGCUCACUGUUCCCGUCAUGAUGUACGCCAAGGUUGUGCGCCCACAACAUCUGGAUGUGUGUAUGAUGUACCUGGAUGGACCCGAGGACAUGUACUGGUACACCCUCUACCAGUCCAUCCUGGGCUUCAUCAUCCCCCUCAUCAUCAUCAGCACCUUUUACUCGCUCACGCUUUACCACGUCUUCAGCUCCAUCCGUCGGGUCAAACGCAAGCAGUCGGUGUGGGCCAAGAGGGCCACCAAGAUGGUCCUGAUGGUUAUCGCGUUGUUCCUCAUCUGCUGGUCGCCCUACCACGUCAUCCAGGUGGUCAACCUGAGCAACAACACGCCGACCAUUGCCUUCGUCUACGCUUACAACAUUAGCAUCUGCCUCAGCUACUCCCACAGUUGCAUCAAUCCGCUCAUGCUGCUCCUAUUCGCUCAGAAUUACCGCGAGCGUCUUUGCCGCAGAAAUGCUUUGCACAGCUCCCAGCAAUCAUCAAAAGUCACGGUGGUCAAAAUGGACGCUUCUAGUACCGCCAAUGACCCCAGCUACCGUUGUACUGUCAUCUAAUCAGUCAGAAUCACUCUGUACAUAGACAUGUAAAGGUUUUUAUACUCGCACAAGGAAGAGGAAGACGCCUCCUGUAAAGAACUCUGUAGCUUUUCAUUCUAAACGACAAAAAAUCAGAAAUCGAAGCUGGACAACAACAAAAAAAAAACCACCCUGAUGCCUGAGUAUCAAUAUCAGGCAAGACUGAAAAAUGUUAAAUACAUGUGAGAUGACUGGUCAGAGGAAGGUGGACAUGCCAAAAAAACAUGGACAGCAGCUGCCUCUGAGCUACAACAGGGAAUAUUAGCAUUUACUGUCAAAGAUGAGAACAGACGGAGGAGCAUCUUAGGUGUAGACCAGGAGCAUUCACUGGCCUUCAUUAGCAAAAGGCUUAAACCCAAACGUUAUGCUAACUACACUCAAGUGCAGCUUGUGAAAUCAGUCAUGGUUUAACAUUAGCGCAACCAGGCCUGAAUGAAGUAAGGAGGUAAUGAGUGGUUUGUUAUUCGUCUGAACAGCAGUGUCCUGUGGCAAACUUAUCGGACUUAACUUCUAAUUUAAGUCUCAACCACAAAUUUAUUAAUGUUGCCACUGUAUGUACUGUAUAUCAUAAGGAUUUAUAGAUGACCUGAGGAUACUGAUGAGUUAAGCUGUGCCUAAUAAUUGUCAUAAAUGAUUUGCAAUGUUUGAUGCAACACAAAAACUGUACACAAUGACAAAUACUGGUCUCAUCAUGAGCAUAUAUUAAAGGUCUCUUCUUUUGUUACUUUAAAGAUUCAUCAGAGGAGAUGAUUAUAUUCAUUUUAGCCUCUAAUACCUCAAAUUGCAGCAUAAAAUACCAGUUAUUUUAUGCCACAGAAAAAAAAAACAUUCGUUAUUAUGGUCUAUAAUGGCCAUUUGAGGCUGGCUUCCACAUCCCCAGACCUCCAUCCACCUUUACAGCAGGAAUGAACAUGGUGCAGCAAGGAACAAAAACACUCUUUAGCUAAUAUCCUUAUUCAUUAGAACUGAAUGGGGGGUGGAUUUUCUGUAAUUCACCCGUUUCAUUGAUAUUAAAGUUAGUUCUGCAGGGGGGUGGCUCCUGUGAUUGACAGGUGAGUCCCAUCUGUGUGUCUGACGUGGGCUUUGACUGCUACUUCAGAUAACCACAGCUUCUGUUUGUUGGUUAAAACAUAUUUUUUCUGGACCGGUAGCUCUGCUGUAGUUAUGUUAAAGAAGUGACACUAAGAAGACUGUCACUACUAAUGACACUAAGAGGGUUCUGUAAUGAAGUUUAUUGGCACUUUGUUAU